GUGAACAUAAAUUCUGCAGAAUCACCGAGGCAUCUCAAAUAUAGGUGUCAGAGCAAUUUUUUCACUCAGUUCCGCAAAUUGAAUCUUGUGCCGAGUGGAAAUGACUGCAGAGCAGGUAGUUGCCGCGGUUGAUCCCGUGCAGUCAGCGAAUGACGAUGCCGAGCUCGAAGACAUUUACGUCAAGUACAUGAAAUUGAAGCGGCAGCUGGAGUUUCUGGAAGUUCAGGAAGAGUACAUCAAAGAUGAGCAGCGUAAUCUCAAGAAGGAAUAUCUUCACGCUCAGGAGGAGGUUAAACGCAUCCAGAGUGUGCCGCUGGUCAUCGGACAGUUCCUCGAGGCUGUGGAUCAGAACACCGGCAUCGUAGGCUCGACUACCGGCUCGAACUACUACGUCAGGAUCCUGAGCACGAUCGAUAGAGAGCUCCUGAAGCCGUCGGCAUCGGUGGCCUUACACAAGCACUCGAACGCUCUCGUGGACGUUCUCCCGCCGGAAGCCGACAGUUCGAUCUCGAUGCUGCGUCCCGAUGAGAAGCCUGAAGUUUCCUACGCGGACAUCGGAGGUCUUGACAUCCAGAAACAGGAGAUGCGGGAAGCCGUCGAGUUGCCUCUGACUCACUUCGAACUGUACAAGCAGAUCGGAAUCGAUCCUCCACGAGGCGUUCUCAUGUAUGGACCCCCCGGUUGCGGAAAAACUAUGUUGGCCAAGGCUGUAGCUCACCAUACGACGGCGAGUUUCAUUCGAGUCGUCGGUUCGGAAUUCGUGCAGAAGUAUCUCGGAGAAGGUCCUCGAAUGGUGAGAGACGUCUUCCGUCUCGCGCGGGAGAACUCACCGGCGAUCAUUUUCAUCGAUGAAAUCGAUGCCAUCGCCACGAAGAGAUUCGAUGCCCAGACCGGAGCCGACAGAGAAGUGCAGAGAAUUCUGCUCGAACUUCUAAACCAGAUGGACGGAUUCGACCAGACAACGAACGUCAAGGUGAUCAUGGCCACCAAUCGAGCUGACACUUUGGAUCCCGCCCUCUUGCGUCCAGGUCGUCUGGACAGAAAAAUUGAAUUCCCCAUGCCAGACCGCCGACAGAAGCGGCUCAUCUUCUCAACGAUCACAUCGAGAAUGAAUCUUUCGGAUGAGGUCGAUCUCGAGGACUACGUCGCGCGGCCCGACAGGAUCUCGGGAGCCGACAUCAAUGCUAUAUGUCAGGAGGGUGGUAUGCACGCUGUUCGUGAAAACCGCUACGUCGUUCUGCCGAAAGAUUUCGAGAAAGCCUACAAGAACAACACGAAGAAGGACGAGUGCGAACACGAGUUCUACAAAUAGAGGGCGGUGCUGAUCCUCAACAAAGAUGUCGAAGAUUUUAUUUCCCAACUGCUUCCAGAGGAGCAAGUUGGAAAGUAUAUAUAGAUAAACAACCAAUGGUCCA